GUGAUCUAAAGUUUAUCUUUAGAAACUUUGAAACUGAAGUGAAAUUUCAUGAAAAAAUAAAGACUAUGGAAAAUUCCAUCAGUGAAAAUGAAAUACAACAAUCGUUUCGCUCGCCACCACGACGGAGACGAUCUACCUUCUUUGAGAGAAGGGAAUCUAUGGCGCCACAAGCUCUAACAGAAAACUUGGAAACGAUAUCGUGCAAGAAAGAUAGUUUGGAAUCACUACGUACUCAGAACUUGAACAGUUACUACGAAAAACUGUUACUUGAAAAAGAUCAGUGGAAAAAAGAGGUGAAUGACAGGCGAAAUAAAUAUCACGACUUAAGACAGCAAUUCCAAAUCACUGUUAAGGCUCCUAGUAGAUCCAUCAUGUCAUACUCAGCCCUAUCAAAUGAUGACAUAGAAUUUCUCAAAGCCAAACCCAACUUAAGUAAAUUAAUUGAAGCACAACAAAAACUUCACAAAUCUGUCAAAGAAGUUAUGGCACUUGUACAUAGAACACAAGAACUUGAUGAUAUUGUUCUUAGAAACAGUGAAGAAAAAGUAACCCAGAUCACAGAAUACAUAUUAGAAAAUAGUACAGUAGAACCCUUAAGUCAUUGA